CGGGACCGGGAUCGGGAUCAGCACCGGGCCCGGGCCCGGCGGGCGCCUACCCCGCGCCCCUCCGCCGCCGCGCUCCCGCGGGGUGCCCGUCGCCUCCUCCUCCUCCUCCUUCUCCUCGUCCUCCUGCGGCCGGCGCCGCGCUCGGCCAUGUCGAUGCUGCCGUCGUUUGGCUUCACGCAGGAGCAGGUCGCCUGCGUCUGCGAGGUGCUGCAGCAAGGGGGGAACCUGGAGAGGCUGGGCCGGUUCCUCUGGUCGCUGCCGGCCUGCGACCACCUGCACAAGAACGAGAGCGUCCUCAAGGCCAAGGCGGUGGUGGCCUUCCACCGCGGCAACUUCCGCGAGCUCUACAAGAUCCUGGAGAGCCACCAGUUCUCCCCACACAACCACCCCAAGCUGCAGCAGCUCUGGCUCAAGGCGCACUACGUGGAAGCCGAGAAGCUGCGGGGCAGACCCUUGGGCGCCGUCGGCAAAUACCGCGUCCGCCGAAAAUUCCCUUUGCCCCGCACCAUCUGGGACGGCGAGGAAACCAGCUACUGCUUCAAGGAGAAAUCCCGGGGCGUGCUGCGGGAAUGGUACGCCCACAACCCCUACCCGUCCCCCCGGGAGAAGCGGGAGUUGGCGGAAGCCACCGGUCUCACCACCACCCAGGUCAGCAACUGGUUCAAGAACAGAAGGCAACGGGACCGAGCGGCGGAGGCGAAGGAAAGAGAGAACACGGAAAACAACAACGCGGCCACCAACAAACCGAACCAACUCUCGCCUCUGGAUGGGAGCAAACCCCUCAUGUCCAGCUCCGAGGAAGAGUUUUCUCCUCCCCAAAGCCCGGAUCAGAACUCGGUCCUGCUCUUGCAGGGGAACCUCAGCCACGCCAGGAGCUCCGGCUAUUCCCUGAGCGGCUUAGCCACAUCGCAAACCCCUCACAGCCUCCAAGGCCACCAGCUCCAGGACUCGCUGCUGGGACCCCUCACGUCCAGCCUGGUGGAUCUGGGAUCCUAAAGGCCCUCGGCGGGCCGCCGGAGGAUCGGGAGAGGAGGUUCUGCUCGGGGACAGAGGCUCUGGGUUGUACAUAGAGGACAGCACCCGGUUUUACAGGUCACCCGCUGAUUGUUAACGGGACUCUCGUCUCUUUUCACACAACCCCACAUCGGCUCUUGCUCCAGUUCCCCCUCAGCGUCUCCCACUAUCACCACGAUUUUUAAAUUUUUUUUUUCCACGUAGCCAAACACAGAGAGCGGCAAUAACCCUCAUCAGCCCUUCGAGUUCAAACGAGUUGGUCCCAACGGGAAUUACAAAAAAAAAAAAAAAAAAAAAAAGAAAAGGGGAAAAAAAAAAAGAAAAUAAAACCCCCAACCCCUGCUGGAUCUGAUUCCACCCAAACAAAUCCCAGCGCCGCGGGCACGGUGGGGCUGGGUCGGCCGGCACAUCCCUGCUGCUGCCUGGCCUGGUCCCCGAGGAGCUGGGACGGGGACAGAGGGAGAGAAUCGCUGUACUGAGCCCUGUGGCAGAGUGGGAGGAGGGAGGGGAAGUUACGUUUACAUUUUUCAUAUUUAGCCUUACCAAAAUGAU